GUCCACGUCAUCAUUAUGCGUCUGUCUCACUAGUCACCGCAACGUGAGGAAAACAUGGAGUGGUAGUUAGUUUGACAUUUAACUACAGUUUAUCUGGAUUCACACAACACUAAAUGUAACGUUUGUGAACGUAAGUGUGACUUUUAAGCACCACAGGACUCUGCGAUCAGCUGAAAGUGCGCUAGCCUAACGUCGGCUGAGCUAGCUUCACUCGCACGGUUACUUUUCGGUUCUUUUAUUAGCUUUUAGCCUGCUAUCGGCAUGGAUAACACUGAGGAAAGUGCGAUCGAGCUCCACGGAGAUGAGGAAAUUGUGGAAGUCAUCGACCUGAGCGAUGGGGAGCCUGGUCCUGAUGACUUGGCCGAUGACUUGGGGGACGUUGACUUUGAAGACCCUGGCAACGCGGAUGAUGAAGGCUGGGAGACUGAGGACGAGAUGGAAGCUGAGGCGGAGCAAGAUGACAGCGAGCUCACCUUCUCCAAACACACCGGCUCUGUGUUUUGCGUGAGUUUGGAUCCUGCAACAAACAGUAUGGCGGUAACAGGAGGAGAGGAUGAUAAGGCCUACGUUUGGAGAGUGAGCGACGGAGAAGUUCUGCUGGAGUGCACAGGUCACAAAGACUCUGUGACGUGUGCCAUGUUCAGCCACGACUCCUCUCUGGUGGCUACGGGCGACAUGAGUGGCUUAAUUAAAGUUUGGAAAGUCGAAAGCAAAGAGGAGAUCUGGUCCUUUGAAGUGGGAGAUCUGGAGUGGUUGGAGUGGCAUCCCUGCGCUCCGGUGCUGCUGGCAGGAACAGACGACGGCAACGUUUGGAUGUGGAAGAUCCCCUCUGGAGACUGUAAAACCUUCCAGAGUUCUGCAUGCCAGGCCACCAGCGGCAAAGUCCUCCCUGACGGUAAACGGGCUGUGGUGGGUUAUGAGGAUGGAACGGUUCGCGUGUGGGAUCUGAAGCAGGGAAACGCCAUCCACGUCAUUAAAGGUCAGGAUGGACACCAGGGGGCGCUGACCUGCCUGGCGUGCAACAAGGACGGCUCGCUGGUGCUGACGGGUUCAGUGGACGGCUGUGCCAAGCUCAUCAACACCGCCACAGGCAAGGUGGUCGGAUCGUUCUCAGUGGACGGAGGCAAAGCCAAAGGAUCAAAAGACGGAGAAGAACCCAACUCUGUCGAAUCUGUGGGAUUCUGCAAGACCCUGCCUCUCGUAGCUGUGGCGUACCUGGAAGGGACUCUGGCCAUAUAUGACCUCUCCACACAGACCCUGAGGCACCGAUGCCAACAUGAGGCUGGCAUCGUUCACCUGCAGUGGGAAGAGUCUUCUUCUGUGGUGUCCACUUGCUGCCUAGACGGAGGGCUGCGCUUGUGGGACGCACGCUCUGGCGGCAUGGUGUCCGAGUACCGUGGCCACACUGCGGAGAUCCUGGACUUCACCGUCAACAGGGAAGCGUCUCUUGCGGUAACUGCUUCAGGAGACAACCAGGCAAAAGUCUUCUGCCUCCAAAGACCUGAUCGGUAAAGAGAAGCAGGAAGAAGAGAAGAGGACAUAUUCCUGGAGAGACUUUUCAUGAUCAGACUUUUUGUUGUCCAGUGCUGGAGAACAGGUUUCCCUUCUCUUUGGGAUUUUAAAACCAUCUUGUCCUGAGUUUCACAUUGGAUUCUUUCAAACAAGCUGUUCCUCAUUACUUUGUUCUAAGUGUGCUCUUGUUCAGGAAUCUGUGACGGUACACAGAGAAAAUUUCAGAGUGAUCCAUUACAGUACUUUUACUUAUGACAUCCUCUUUAAUGUUCUGUCCAAAUGUUUUGUCGACAUCGGAGAAGAUGAGAAGAAAAAGAGGUCUCGAUUAUAUUUUUUUCCGUAAUUGGAGUUUUUUUGUUCGCCACGAAAGUCCUUGUUUACCCCUUGAGUGUGUGUGUUUGGGUGUGCGCGUGUGGUCUCCCAGCUUUCAGACAGAUUGUUAAGUCAGGAAUUAUCUCUCCAACUUUUUUGAUGUAAACUCAAGUGUAAAUACCAAAUAAUAAAUAAUAUUCUUUCUUCUGGAGUA